CUUUUCUCUAAAAAAACAACCUUGUCGUUUUGAGAUAAUGGAACAGUUUGAAUGGCUUAAUAAUCAAAAGGAAUCGCUUAGUGUUGGUUGGAUUGGAUGUGGUGUAAUGGGCUUGCCUAUGUGCUGCAACUUAAUUCGUUAUGGAGGACAUAAAGUUUUUGUUACAAGCCGUACUGCGUCUAAAUGCGAGAGAGCUAUUGCCUUAGGUGCAACAUUUUGUGAUACACCAGCGGAUCUUAUUCAGCAAAAUGUUCAUGUGAUUAUUUCUAUUGUUGGAUUUCCGCAUGAAACAAAAGAUAUUGUUUACGGAAAGAAUGGAAUUCUUCAAGGUCUUGAUAUAAACACUUCAGUACAACAGAAAAGAACGCCUAUUUUUAUCGAUAUGAGCACAGGAGAUCCUACGCUUGCAAAAGAAAUUCAUACUACGUUUGAAAAAUUGGGAUCAUACUCCUUUGAUGCACCGGUUUCAGGGGGGGACGUUGGAGCGGAAAAUCGAGCUUUAGCUGUUUUUGUUGGCGGCAAUAACGCAACGGUGUUUCAAAAACUGGAGCCUUUAAUUUUCCAACCUAUAACCGAUGUUACCAAAGGAGGACGGAUUCAAUAUAUAGGAAAAAGUGGUGAAGGGCAUCAAGCUAAAAUCGUGAAUCAAAUUUUCAUUGCAAAUACAAUGAUUGGAAUGUGCGAAGGUAUAUUUUACGCUCGAAAAGUCGGAUUACCUUUACCACAAACGUUGAACGCAAUUGAAAAGGGUGCUGCUGGGAGUUGGAGUUUAUCUAACUUAGCACCCCGUCUACUUGACAACAAUUACAGCCCCGGAUUUUAUGUAGAGCAUUUUGUCAAGGAUUUAAGUAUUGCUUUACAAGAUGCUACACGUUUAAAUUUACAUUUACCUGGCUUAACCUUAGCCCAUGCAUUGUAUACGGAAUUAUUGCAAAAAGGUUACGGAAAGUUAGGGACUCAGGCUUUGCUGAAACGCUACGAGUUUACACAUAAAGAAUAAACACUUUUCUUUGAUUUUUUUUUAAUUGACUUGUUUAAAAAAAAAACACGCUUCAUUACUUAAAGUAGUUGAUUUUUUUAUUUCUUUUUUUCAAAAUUAAAAAUUUGACGUGAAUCACAAAAAAGAUUCAUAAUGUCUUAA